UUUUUUUUCUUCCCUUCCAACUUCUUCCCAACAAACCCCGCCAGCAAACAAGCGAACUCACAAUGGGCGUCUUCGGUCUGACUACGUACGUGGCUGCUCACAAGGAGCUGUGGGAGACUGUCCAGCUGCACUUUGUCCAGCCAUCGCGUGGCGCCACGCAACCGGCUGCUGCUGCUGGUGCUGCUGCUGCCGGCAACGCCAACAAGGCACCUGCUGCUGCCAAUGCUGCUGCUGCGGGCAUGCGCCACGUCUCUGUGGACGGCUUUGCAGUCGUCUACUUUCUGCACCGCCAGAUCGAGUGGACGUACGGCGGCGACUACUCCAAGUUCCGCGAGAGCGUCGUGCACUUUGUCGAGAGCUUCCGCAAGGCCAACUGCAUGCUCCACGUCUACAUGGACGGCACCACCCCUGCCAUGAAGCUCGACACGGUUGUCGCCCGCGAGCAGCAGAAGAUUGAGCGCGUGGCUGCUGCGCUCCAGCUCGUCUGCCAAGACUCGGACGCGGCUGCUGCUGCGUCGUCGAACGCUGCUGCUGCUGCUGCUGCUCACCAAGCCUCCGCUGCGACCUCGCACGAUGGCUCAGAGGACGAUCAUCACGGCAACGCGUCGGGCGCGCCGGCCGCGAGCAACGUCAUUCGCUCCCAGACGCUCGACAAGCAGGUCCUGCCGCCCAUGAUUGUGCGCGCCUUCACGGACGUCAUGCACGAGCUCAAGGUGGACAUGCGCUACUGCGACAACGAGGCCGACGAUGUCGUCGCCUUCAUGGCCAAGCGCAACAACGCCAUUGCGCUCUCGAACGACUCUGACUUUUUGAUUGGCGACGUGCCGUGCGGCUACUGCCCGCUGCCGUCCAUCAGCAUCCAGGCGGAUCGCAUCGUGCUCGAGCUCUUCAAGUCCAGCGAGUUCUCCAAGGCGCUCAAGAUGCACCACACGCUCCUCCCGCUCUUUGCGUCGCUUGCUGGCAACGACUACAUGGACCGCGAAAUCCUGCGCCCCUUCCACAACUACCUGCUCCGCGCCUUCCCGCAGCGCGGCGCAGGCAUGCGCCAGCACGCCGUCAUCCAGGCUGUCGGUGCCUACCUCGGCCAAUUCAAGGCCGACGAGGAGCUCGCCCUGGCUGUUGCCGCCAAGGACAUUUGCGACCUCGUUUACGGCGUCGCCCACCCCGCCAUGCCCAACGCCGACCCCACCGCGCCUGCCCCAGUCCCGCCGCAGCCCGCUUCGCCCAACCCGUUCGCGGCACGCACACACGCAGAGGCCCUCAUCUACACGCGUGAGCUUCUCCAGCAGUCGGUCGCCCAAUACCGCCCGCAAGCGGCCCCGGUCGGCCAGACCACCACGCUCAAGGUCAACCCCGCGCUUUCCUACCCGCUGUCCCCCGAGGUUAUCGAGCGCUUCCGCACGAGCUACAUGUCCUGCUCGACGAUGCAGGUUAUUUCUAAUGGAUUCUUCUGGUGCCACUCGCUCUUGGAGGACACUAAUUCCGCCGAGAGCUCGUGGGCCCUGUCGCAGUCCAUCCGACAAGUCGCGUUCGGCAUUCUGGCCGGCGGCAAGCAGGCGCAGGCCUCGUUCACCUCUAACAACCACUCGUUGGUCGAGUACAAGCGUGUUGGCGCCGAGUUUGCUCGUGCCGACGUUGCGCCCAUUUUCUCCAUCAACGACAAGCUGGCCGUGCCCUCGCAGGCCGAGAUUGCCAAGCUCAGCAACGACGCCAAGCUCGCCAUCCUGCUCGAGGCGACCGAGGCGCACCCCUCGAUUGCCCAGCUCCCUGCAGACUGGCAAAUCAUCGCCAUGGCCCUGUCGUUUGUGAUUAAGCGCGCCCAGCUCCCCAUCAGCGUUGCCGUCCCCCUUGUCGAGUGCCUCGCCCGUCGCAACGAGUGGCCCCAGGUCACUGGUCAUGCCGCCUCGUCCCUGCCCCCGCAGAUGACCCGCCUCACUGCUCGCGUCGGUGGCCUCUGGCAGACCACCCUCUACUCUAUCAUGGUCUUGCACGAGCUCUUGUACUCGUCCACCCCGUUCCCCACUCCUAGCCGCCUGUUUGACGGCCACGCCUUUGCCUACUUUUUGCAAACCCAGGCCGUCGGCACCCAGACUCUUGCCGAAUUUGCGGGCUCUGACGACGCCGCUGCCGUUGACAAGGCCAUCAAGACUGCCGUUGCCAACGCCUCCGACUACGGCCAGGCUGGUCUCUUUAGCGGCCUUCUCGCCACAACCCUCGGUCGCAUUGUUGCCGAAAAGUGGUCCGAGUGGGUCCCCCAGCCCCUGCUCGUCACCCCCGCAUCGCAGGCGUGGAUCCAGGCGCACGUCCAGUCGUCCUCCCACACUGGCAUGGUCACUGGCGCUGGCGGCUUGCCGCGCCAGUCGCCGCACGGCUCGCAGCAGUCGCACGGCUCGGCGUCCUCCACCCAGUCGGCCUCGGGCGUCUACCGGCCGCCACACAUGCAAAACCGCAACAACCAAGCCGGUCUUUUGCCGCUUGCCCACCAAGGCGCAGUGCCCAUGGCUAUCGACCCGACCGCGGCGCCCGGCCUGAUUGGUGCCGCUCCAGGCCUGAUUGGCGCUGCCCCAGGCCUCCUCGCCACCCCAGUCGACCCCGCUGCGGCCGUCUCCGGCGAGCUCCAGCCCGGUCUUGCCGGCGUUGCCCCUCGCCAAGUCAUUCGCGAGCAGCGCAAGAACGCCCGCGCCCAGCAGCUUGCCGACAAGAACCAGCAGGGCCCUCGCCUCACCCGCACUCAGCUCUUGCAACAGCAGGCCACCGCACCGCCCAAGCCCGCCAAGGUUUCCAACAGCUUUGCCAUGCUGAACGCUGGCGACGACGACAUGGUGAUGCCCGAAUCGGACGACGACGAGGAGGACGAUGAGUAGAAGAUCUAGUACAACAAUUUUGGCCCAGCGAACGAAAAAAAAAAAUCCAACAAAACCCAGCAACCAACUCAAUCCACCGUUCUUUUGAUUUUUCGUGCCAGCAGGUCCUCGCUCGCGGUGUUUUUCUUUUUUCUAUUUUUGCGGUGUGUUUCUGUGCUGAUCUCUUUCGUGCUCUCAGCGAUUCAGCACGUUUUCUCGAUCCCGUUGCUUUUGUUUUUUUGUUUCUUUUGUUUUUGCUGACCGUAAUACACAAAAUUCU